UUUUUUUUGCACAAGUCUAAAUAAAAUAUAUAAACAUCUUCCGCAAUAAAACGCGGUUAUCAAUUAAAAUACGGGAUUAUUAAACAUUCCAAAAAUGUACUUGCUGAUUAUCCUGACAUCAAUUUGGAUACCCUUGGUAAUGAUGAAAAGUUGCAAAUAUUCAAAAUGCACGUGUCUUAAACAUUGCCAAAAAGAUGUUUAUAAUAUAAGUGAUAACAAAACAUGCACGAUUGAAAACUUUCCGAUACACACAUUAAACACAAGUGAUUUCCACUUGCGUUGUAUAAAACGUUUAGAAAAGGUUGAAUUCAUCAACAACAGUAUCAAGACCAUUCAACCAGGUUUCUUUUCAAACUUUACUAGCCUGAAGCACCUUGAAUUGAGCCAGAACCCAGAGAUUAAAGAAAACAUUCGAUAUGCAUUAGAAGGAUUAAACAAGAUAAAACUAGAAACAUUAUUACUGAGCAACAUUUCAAUGAAUGAUCAAAUACUUUCGGAUAAUUACGCUUUUUUCCCUCGGACACUGAGGACCCUGUCAUUGACAGCGAACGAGCUGACGACAUUCCCGAUGACGUAUGUCCAGGGACUAGGUGACCUCACUUCACUCAACCUUAGCUACAACAUCCAUUUUAGACACCUCGAAGUUGACAAAGUAAACAAGACUUUGCCACUCACCAACAUUUCGUUGGCUUUUACGGGAUUUUUCUGGAAAAAAUUGUUCAAAAAUAAUGACAGCGUUUGUGUUUUGCCUCAUCUUAAGCAUUUCGACUUGGGUCACACAUUUGUAAACGUUUCAACGAUAGCUGUUGAAGACAACUGUCUUCAAAAUUUAAAAAUUCUCAUUGUUAAGCACUGUAUAUUUGAAGAUGGCUUAUACAACGACAGCUUCAAAUAUCUGUAUAAUUUGAAGACUUUAAGCUUGAGCGAAACUUUUAAUAUAUAUCAAGUACCUGUUAUGAGUAUGCAGUUGGAACAUUUAGAUAUGAACGAUCUGAAGUUUAAUUUCAUUGAAAAUGAUAACACCAUUGGUAUGUUCAGUAAUCUGACGAGUCUAAAACAUCUUGAAGUUCGAGGUCUUGAUUUAGGAGCUUGGAAACGCAAUAAUUUAGAAACUUUUUUAAAACCACUGGAAAACCUGACUUUUUUAAAUGCCAGUUGCAACAACCUUGGUUUUAUCCCAAAGGUUAUUCAGACAUUCUCGAAGCUGGAAGAUUUAAUCCUGACAAAUAAUAUGAUAAAUGAAUUGGGAAAUGCCAUAUCUAAAAGCAUGAUUCUCAGAAACAUACAACUCCAACACAACAGAAUAGAAAUUGUGGAUGUUGAAGGCUUGCCAAAAACUGUUGAAUCAUUCGAUCUUUCCGGAAACCCAUUUCGAUGCAAUUGUAGUCUAGUUCCAUACAUCAUUUGGCUCAAAGAAAAAAAGCUUUAUAAACCGAACGAACAUCAAUGGACGAAAAAUUACGUCUGUGCUCGACCUCUGGAUAAAAGAAACAAAAGUUUAGCAGAGUUUCAUCCGAAACCUACUGAUUGUCAACCGUUUAACAAAUAUGUCAUCACAGCUAUGGUUUUGUGUUGUUUAAUGGUGCUGAUUGUUUUUGUGACUAAUAUUGUGGAAUGUUGCAAAGAAAGAAAGAAACGGAAGAAGCGUCCAAGGUUCCGAUAUCGUCGAUUACAACCGACUGCCAGCUAAUUCCAGCCUUCUUUGUGUACUUAACAAAAUGUUCGAAUUAAUUUAGAACCUGUUUACAAACAGGGUAAUGUCAUAAACAACAUGUAAAACAUGUAGAAAUUAUUACAAAUAUAGAUAAUUAUAUCAAAUACCACCGUCUUUAAUUGAUAAUGCCCCUUGAUUAUUGCAGCUAUUGUCUAUUCAGUUGCCUCUUCAGUGUUUAAAAUUCUGUUUUCCCCCUAAAUUAUCGUAAAAUGUAUCCUCAAAAGUUCUUCUCACACUGUACAAACAGUUCACAAUUUCCACACUGUAUGCUUGUAUGUUCUAUG